AUGCUUACACAUCCUCCUAGCUCAUUUUCAACCGAAACGAUUUGGCUUGCUGGUUUAAUCAACAUUUCCUGUUAUUUACGUGAGAGUGUUUUCAUUAUUACUCCAAAAGCAAUCUAUUUCUCUCAAAUGUUUCACAAACUUUUUUUUUCUCUCGGCUGUAUUUCUCUUUCUCUCUCCCCCUCUCCCUACUUUUCUCUCUCCCUCUCUCUCUUUUUCUCUCUCCCCCCUCUCUUUUUCUUUAUCUCCCUCUCUCUUUCUCUCUCCCUUUCUCUUUUUCUCUCUCUCCCCCUCUCCCCUUUUCUCUCUCCCUCUCUCUUCCUCCCUAUCUUUCUCUCUCUCUCCCCCUCUCUCUCUUUCUUUAUCUCACUCUCUCUUUCUCUCUCACUCUCUCUUUUCCCCAUCUCUCUCCUUUUCUCUCUCCCUCUCUCUCUUUUUCUCUCUCCCCUCUCCCCUUUUCUCUUCCCUCUCUCUUUCUCUCUCUCUUUUUCUAUCUCCCCCUCUCUCUUUCUCUCUGCCCUCUCUCUUUCUUUAUCUCACGCUCUCUUUCCCUCUCUCCUCUCUUUCUCUCUCACCCCCUCUCUUUCUCUAUCUCUCUUCCCUCUUUCCUAUCCCCCCUCUUUCCUAUCUCCACCCUCUUUCCUAUCUCCACCCUCUUUCCUAUCUUCCCCCUCUUCCCCCUCUCUCUCUCAGAAGGUCUAA